AAAGAAAAUACAGGGGGGCGGGGCCUGACUGCAGAGCUGAGAGGACACUUGCCUCCAUAGCUCCGGCUCAAACAAAGGCCACCCAGCAACAGGGGAUAUCGGGGAGCACACACUGAUACUGCCCAAGCGACAUUUCAAGCGACACGCACCCGACACCCUGAUGCGGCCUACCAGCAUGGUGAGUGCGGGAGAGACGGCCGCUCUCCUGCCGCCAAGAAUGCCUGCAAGCACAAUCCAGAACCCACGCCUCUCCCCCCCAUGGCCCGGCGGGGGUUAUCCCGGGCCGCUCCCACAUGAGCCCCUGGACAAGCAGCGCCCAAACAAGUCUCACGCAAAGCCAGCUGGCAAAUCCUGUGGCCAACAAAAUGGCAGACGACCGGAGCACCGCGGCCUUGCGGCAUGCCGGCAAAGAAACGGAGACUAGACUCGACUACAUAUUUGGCCUUUUCUGGGAAAAGCUGGAAGCGCUUGUGAGGCCUGAAGAACUAAGGGAGCAGCCUGACUCGGCACAACAGAGCCUGACUCAGAGGUUCAAAAAGAGGGAAGUGGAAAACCCCCGAAACCCCACUCCAAACACAGGCAGGCGUUGGCACAGGGCCACCCUGAAAACCAUAGCUCGGCCUGCACCGAGGCCUGCAACAACGCCUACAUUGAGGCCCGCACCUAGGAUAGCACGUAAGAGCCAUCCCGAGAAGAAACAAAGAGGGGGAAUGCAGAAGGCAUCACAACUUCAGAAAAGCCGCCACGCAACCCACAAAUGCUUAACUGAAUGCCAACCCAUGCGAAGACGUGGCAAGUGCAGCCCACACCCUCUGGUGGUGUGUGAAACCCCGUCCACGAGCAGAUUCCGAGCCUCUGACCGUGCCAUUGACAGCUCUCAGAUGAGGGAGAACCGGGGACUGGACUGGAGCUGGUGGGGUAGCUAUGCAGGGACACUGUCAUUUAACACACCACCACAAAGGCAGCAUGGGUCAGUGGGCAUAGGCUGACCACCCCACUUGAGAGCAGGAUUGGGCUACUACUCCCUUUAGGUCACAGGUCUCAUACCGGGCAAUGUAGUGUACCCUGAACCAACAUUCACCCACCUUAUACUUUUAAAUAUUGACUACAAGUCUGCUUAACAACUUAAGUUGUUUCUCUCUGAGAGUUUAGGUUUUUUGUUUUUUUUCUUCCAUUUUCUCCACACAGUUGGCACCGGUGGCAACAUAACCUGUGAUAAUUUAGCAUGAUCUAUAUAGCCACCUCUCCACCUACCAUAGAGCUUAGAAAGAUUUGCAUACUAUGCGAACAGACAUUACCGUUUAGCUCUAGGAAAGUAUCACUAAGCAUGUUUCUAACCUUCUCAUUACACCUUUUUACUCGUGUUUAACUUAGCAUAAUUCUCAUGUCCUGUUUAUCAACCUGAUUAAGCUAUCUAUGUGUACUUUAACUACCGGGACCAACAUGUCUAGCUUGUAGAAAUCUUAAUGUUCUUCAUAUAUGAGCAUAUAAAUUGCCUCUCCACUACCAUUUCGAGAGCUGCAGCGUGAAAUAGACCCCAGUGGUAACAAGCUAUUAUGUCUCAUCUAUACCAUGCCUUGUUUAAGCUUCACUAGCACCCAACAUGUCUAGCUUUUAAAAUUGUCAGCAAUACUGCUCCUUUUAUUGCCCCAACACAUUGCAUGCUCUUGCUUUGUCUUCCAGUUAUUGCAUAGCUAGCCAUGGUGAACCAGCUUGACGUAUACCUAACUGUUUUCUUCUUUUACCUUAAAAAAAGUAUGCAAACCUAACUAGCCACACACCUGUUAUACCUAUGAUCAUUGAGCCUGCUACAGCUGUUGUGGCGAUACAGGCACUGUUGUACUUUACCGCAUACCAAAAAUAAAGAAUUAUAAAAAAAGAAAACACAAAGUAAGGUGGAGUAACAAACAAUUGUAUCCAGUCUUGUAUAUACAUCUAUUAAAUAAAUAAAAACCAAAACAAUAACCAAAUAAAAACUUCACAGUAAUGUAAAACAUGCAGAAAAAAAAUAUACAAAUAAAAUCUAUAACAAUUACACCAGUGUGAUGACAACCAGACAAAAUCCAACUCAAUAGCAUAGAUCAUUGAAAUUAGACUAUUAGAAUUUUAGAACAAAAGCAAUGUUGGCAAUAUAGGAGAGCUGGUUUAAAUCCUCAGUGUAUGUUGAAGGUGCAGGAUAUAUUAGGAUGGAAAAAAAAUGUCAUGACACCAAAAUACUGAGCGUGUAAUAGUCAUCCAAAACCUUCACUAUAAUGUCUGUAGUGACAACCUGCCAGUUUUAUGUCAGGCGUUACUGAAAUUAUAAGCUUGUCUUAUCAGAUAUAGCAUGCCUCUAUCAACUCACCAGAGAUAAAUGAACAUCAGGAGGUAACAAGCUGCUAAUCUGUUAUUGUUAAGGCACAUCUUAAAGACCCACAGGUCGUGUAGAGCAGUGGUCCCCUACCC